CAUUAUCUGCAAGUAUCUUACUCUACGAUGUUCUUUUAUUUCAACAAUUUAUUUGUGGAGCAUAUGCAUAUAUUCAGAUUAUAAUAUUCUUUUCCACCAUAUGAGCGUUGAAGAUUGCUAGUGGCCUUUCAAAAUCUUGCUGCGUUCAAUUGGUUUGACAAAAUACCAAAUUAUUAGUCUGCAAAUGGAGUAUGGGCCUCUAUAUAUGACAUGUACUAAUGCAGACUCUCAUUUCAAAACCUUUUUCUUCUUGUUUUGGAUUCACAUAUUCAAUUGAAAGUAUUUUUCCAUUACAAAACCUCUCUAUAUAUCUCUCUUACUUAGAUUAUCAAAUACGUGUAAGUAUUCAAUAUGGAUUUUGAGCUAUACAAAUAGGUCAAGAAUUAAGUUUAGCUUGCCAUUUGGCAUAUAUAUAGCAAGCUAGAUUAAUCACUUUUCCUUCCAUAUUCCAUAUUUUCUUGUCAUUCUUCAAUAGUAAAACUAGAAAUGGAAAUUGUAAAAGUUAAGUGCAGGAACACCUUGAUUUUCAAGGCAUGGAAACGAUGUCUAUCACUAGUAGCUGGCAACAAAAAAUGUUGUUCAUCUUCAUCUACCACUUUCAGUUCAUUGACAAAGCGCAAAAAGAAUCGUCAAGUAGCUCCGGAAGGCUGUUUCACAGUCUAUGUUGGACCUCAAAAACAACGAUUUGUGAUCAAGACCAAGCUUGUUAACCAUCCUUUGUUCGCGAUGCUGCUAGAGGAUGCUGAAUUGGAAUAUGGGUACAAUUGUGAAGGCCCUCUUGUGCUCCCUUGUGAUGUUGAUUUGUUCUACAAAGUGUUGGCAGAGAUGGACAGCAGCGAGGAUUUUAGUCCUGGUUGCGGCUUUGCUAAAGGUUAUUCCUUAAUUCUGCCGAGUCCAGCUCGUAGAUGCAACAUUGUUAGCAUUAACAAGGAUCAUGAUGCCUAUAGUCUUCUUAGUCCAUCAAAUUCGAUGAUUAAGAUGAAUCAACUAUGACCAUUUAUUACAAGAUCAUGCUGAUCUAGCUUUCUUUUUUAGCAUUUGUAUAAUAUAUAUUAUCCAACUUAUCUGUGUGGGUAGAGGGAAUUCUAUACGAAAUGAACCAAAAGAAUACAUAUCAAGAAAUUUGUACAAGUACUAGUUAUAUAUAUUAUAUAUGCUUUCUUUUCUCUA